UUGAUAAUAAUAGAGUUAUUUUGGUUUUUAAUUUAAUUCUUGUAUUAUUUUUAGGAAGAUUAUUACUGUUUGUUGCCUAUACAAUUAUCCAUAAAUUGGGACAAUUAUACUAUUUUCAAUGAUUAAACUGAAAAAAAAAAUUUAUAAUUGCUUUCUGAAAUUUAUUUUGUGUGGCUUCUUUGCAUUCCAAACAGUUAAUUAUUAAUUGCAUUAUAACUCUUUCACUACCUAAAUUCAUAUUAACUAUGUUAUAUUACAGGUGAAUGCAGACUGAUUAAAAGAUGGGCAUGUAUGAAUUGCAGUCGCAAAUACAAGAAUAAAUCUCAUUUAGUUAGGCAUAUCAAAUAUGAAUGUGGUAUUUCAGGAUUAUUUGUAUGUAAUUAUUGCAAUAAAUCGUUCAAGCACUCACAUCAUUUAAAAGUAAUUCAUGAAAUCAUAACAUUAACUUUUCUCUAUGAAUAAAAGAAGAUAAUUUCAAUAACCAAUUAAAUGCUUUAGCUGUCGUCGACCCUGUUGAAUGUCCUAAUAAUUGCGGUCGGUCUUACAAAGGAUUACGUAGAAAACACUCAUUAAAACGGCAUUUAUUGUAUGAAUGCGGGAAACCCCCUCAGUUCCAAUGUAUGGUCUGUUUAAAAAGAUUUACUAACAAAAAAAGUAUGCAAUAUCAUUUAGCAGCCAUACAUAAAAUCAUUAAUCACUAGUACAUAUCAAAUUUAAAAAAAAAUAAUUUUUUAUUUAUUUGCGGAGCAAAAAACUCCUUCUUCAAAAAUGUUGUAUACAAUGUAUAUAACAGUUAUGGUGUAUAGACAUAAUUAAAUGACUUGAUAUAACAAUAUUUAAGUCAUAUUCUGUAGAUAACCUUUUAAAAAUAACAUACAUAUUAUAGU